GGGGCCAUCAACAGCGGCUACACCAGCAAGAUACUGCCCCCCGAGACCCCCGGGGGUCUCCCGCGCCAGGUGGGCAACAAGACGGAGUGUGCCCUGCUGGGGCUGGUGCUCGCCCUGGGCCGGGACCCCGAGGCCGUGCGGGCUCAGGUGCCCGAGGAGCGGCUGGUGAAGGUUUUCACCUUCAACUCCGAGCGCAAAUCCAUGAGCACCGUCACCAGGCACGGCCCGGGCUUCCGACUGUACAGCAAAGGGGCCUCCGAAAUGCUGCUCAGGAGGUGCAGCUCCAUCCUGGGCCCGGGGGGGUCCCCGCAGCCCUUCGGGGGAGCCGAGCGGGAGGAGCUGGUGCGGCGGGUGGUGGAGCCCAUGGCGGGGGGGGGGCUGCGGACCCUCGUCCUCGCCUUCCGAGACUUCCCCCCCCGGCCCGAGCCCCCCUGGGACGACGAGGCCGCCGUGGUGGCCGAGCUGACCUGCAUCGCCAUCGUGGGCAUCGAGGACCCCGUGCGGCCGGAGGUGCCCGAGGCCAUCCGGAAGUGCCAGCGCGCGGGGAUCACGGUCCGGAUGGUGACCGGCGACAACCUGGACACGGCGCGAGCCAUCGCCACCAAGUGCGGGAUCCUCCCCCCGGGCGGCGACUGGCUCUGCCUCGAGGGCAAGGAGUUCAACCGCCGCAUCCGCAACCACCGCGGGGAGGUGGAGCAGGAGCGCCUGGACAAGGUGUGGCCCAAGCUGAGGGUCUUGGCCAGGUCGUCGCCCACCGACAAACACACCCUGGUCAAAGGGAUCAUCGACAGCACCAUCGGGGAGCAGCGCCAGGUCGUGGCCGUCACCGGGGACGGCACCAACGACGGCCCCGCCCUCAAAAAGGCCGACGUGGGGUUCGCCAUGGGCAUUGCAGGCACGGACGUGGCCAAGGAGGCCUCGGACAUCAUCCUGACCGACGACAACUUCUCGUCCAUCGUCAAGGCCGUGCUCUGGGGCCGCAACGUCCACGACAGCAUCGCCAAGUUCCUGCAGUUCCAGCUCACCGUCAACGUCGUGGCCGUCGUGGUGGCCUUCACCGGGGCCUGCAUCACUCAGGACUCCCCCCUGAAGGCGGUGCAGAUGCUGUGGGUGAACCUCAUCAUGGACACUUUGGCCUCUUUGGCCUUGGCCACGGAGCCGCCCACGGAGGAGCUGCUGCUGCGCCGCCCCCACGGCCGCGACCACCCGCUCGUGUCGCCCACCAUGCUCAGGAACAUCCUGGGCCACGCCCUCUACCAGCUCCUCGUCAUCUUCACCUUCCUCUUCGCCGGGGAGGUGCUGUUCGACAUCGACAGCGGGCGGGGGGCCCCCCUGCACGCCCCCCCCUCGGAGCACUUCACCAUCAUCUUCAACACCUUCGUGCUGAUGCAGCUCUUCAACGAGCUCAACGCCCGCAAGAUCCACGGCGAGAGGAACGUCUUCGCCGGCGUCUUCGGCAACCCCAUCUUCUGCUCCAUCGUCCUCGGCACCUUCGCCGUCCAGGUGGUGAUCGUGCAGUUCGGGGGGAAGCCGUUCAGCUGCUCCCCCCUCAGUACCGACCAGUGGCUCUGGUGCCUCUUCGUGGGGGUCGGGGAGCUCGUCUGGGGGCAGGUGCUGGUGUGUGUCCCGGGGGGUCCCCCCUGCCCCGGGGGGGUCCCGGGCCCCUCGGGGGGGUCGUCGGGGCUGGAUUUGAGCUCGGAGGGUCCCGGGCUGGACGAGCAGCGGGGGCGGCUGCUCUGGGUGCGGGGGCUGAGCCGCGUCCAGACACAGAUGCGGGUGGUCCGCGCCUUCCGCAGCUCCCUGGGGGGGCCCCCCCCCCCGCCCGGACCCCCGGUCGGGCCCCCCCUUCGGGCCCCCCCAGACGGAUCUGCUCUUCGGGGACAUCCCCCUCAUCGACGACACCGACGUGGAGAGCGAAGCCCCCCCGAGCCGCCCCCCCCCCAACCGCAACAACAACCACCCCCCCCCCGCGCCGGGACCCCCCCCCCCGGGCGGCUGCACAGCCUCGAGACCUCCCUUUAGUUAGGGGGGGGGGGCUCUGGGACCCCCCAAACCCCCCCGGGUGUCCCCAAAGCCUCGAGACCUCCCUUUAGCGGGGGGGGGGCUCUGGGA